UAUACCCCAAAUCUAAGCGGCUCGCGCUCUUCAGCCCAAAUCGAGGCUAAAACCCCCCUCUCACUCUCUCUCCUCUGAAACCCUUCUCUCUCUCCCUCUUCUCACCCACUUCCGCGAUGGAGGCGACGCCCACCGACACCAGCGAGAACAACGGCGCCGCGGCCGCCGACCCGGCCCCGGAGGCCGAGGCCCCCGCCGCCUCGCCUGCCGAGGUGGAGGAUCCGGAGGAAGACCCCGAACCGUCGACGGAGGAGGAGAUGCCCUCCGCAGCAGACGCCACGCCGGCGCCGGCCCCGGCGCAGACGCAGGGCGCCGAGAGCAAGAAGUGGCCGGGGUGGCCCGGAGACAACGUGUUCCGCCUGGUCGUGCCGGUGCUGAAGGUGGGGAGCAUCAUUGGCCGCAGGGGUGAGCUUAUCAAGAAGCUCUGCGAGGAGACGCGGGCUCGUGUUCGAAUCCUUGAAGGAGCUCUUGGCACCUCCGACCGCAUUGUUCUAAUAUCGGCUAGAGAAGAGCCAGAUGCAGAAAUAUCCCCAGCAAUGGAUGCUGUUCUAAGAGUCUUUAAACGUAUUAAUGGUAUGACAGAUAGCGGGGGUGAUGGCACUACCCCAGCAUCUGCUACACCUACAUGUUCAGUUCGGUUAUUGGUAGCAUCAUCCCAGGCCAUUAAUUUGAUUGGGAAGCAAGGUACCUUGAUUAAGUCAAUUCAAGAGACUAGUGGCGCCACAGUACGGGUUCUUUCUAGAGAUGAGCUGCCAUUUUAUGCAACGGCGGAUGAAAGAAUCGUAGAGAUACAGGGUGAAUCUUUGAAGGUUGUCAGGGCACUAGAAUCAACAGUUGGGCAUCUUCGAAAGUUUUUGGUUGAUCAUAGUGUACUUCCGUUGUUCGAAAAGAGUUUUAAUGCACCAGCCACUCAAGACCGUCCGGUGGAUGCUUGGGCCGAUAAAGCACAAUCCUUAAUCCAUGCUUCACAACAAGCUGUAGUUGGCAAUGAUUAUGCUCCUCCAUUGAAGCGGGAAUCUUUGUUUCUAGAUCGUGAAUCCCAAUUAGAUCCACAAAUUCCACGGAGUGGACUGUCAUUAUAUGGACAAGAUCCUGCUCUCUCUGGGUUACGCUCUUCAGCACUGGGGCGCAGUGGUGCUUUAGUUACCCAGGUCACGCAGACAAUGCAAAUUCCACUGUCAUAUGCUGAAGACAUCAUUGGCAUAGGAGGAGGAAACAUAGCAUAUAUACGCCGAAAUAGUGGAGCAAUACUUACUGUGCAAGAGAGCAGAGGAUUGCCUGAUGAGAUAACUGUUGAAAUAAAGGGCACUGCUUCACAAGUUCAGGUUGCUCAACAGCUCAUUCAGGAAUUUAUAUCAGGACAUAAAGAACCACUGACAAGCAGUUAUGGAGGUCUUGAUACGGGCAUGAGAUCAAGUUAUUCUCAGUUGGCAAGUACAGGUUAUCCAUCAUCAUCACUUGCAUCUCAAUCACUUGGUGGUUAUGGGUCCUCUGGUUUGGGAGGUUACGGUGGCUAUAGGCUUUGAGCUGAAAGAGACAGAGCCAGCUGAUUUUCUUUUUUUUUUUUAAUCACACAGUCCUUCAGUUGGUUUGGGAGCUAUAGGCUCUAAGUUGAGAAUUCAUAUUUGCAUGUUUUGUAAAGAUUUAGACAUGGGCAUACUUCUUUUUUUAACUGGCUAUUAUUCUUCUAGCUACUUCGUUUUAGACAUGCAUUGUAUGACAAUCCUCUUGUUUUGCCCUCA